AGUUCAAAACAAAGACGGCGUAUUAUUUUGCAAGUAUCACGUAGUGAUAUCUAUGCCUUAGAUUUUGCUUAUUAAUUGUUAAAGUACUGCGCAUAAGCAAAAUGUCAACGACCGAGGAAGCAACAGUGGAUAACCAGGCUGCAGAGAACGUGGAAGAUGUGGAGUUCGUGGACAUGGCGUUCACAAAGGAGUUGCGUAAAGCCACAAAAGACGUGCAUAAUCUUACCGAUGUGCUGGUUAAUGCAAAGUUCGCUCUUGCCCUUUCGGAUGACGAGGUGUGGUACGAUGGCCUUUUGGCCUUCUAUGAGCUAUACAAAUUCUUCGAGACCCAUUUGCCGGAGCGCCUGCUGCCCAAGGAAUUCUACAGGACGGCUGCAUUCGAGCGGGAUUUCGACUAUUUCUACGGUUCCGGCUGGCGGGAUUCCUACGAACCGCGUCCGGCGGUCCAAAAGUAUCUGGAGCACCUGGAGAAGAUAACCGCCCAGAACGAGCUGCUGCUCUUUGCCUACUCCUACCAGAUGUACAUGGCCCUGAUGUCCGGCGGACAGAUGCUGCAGAAGAAGCGCAUGAUUGCACGCAAGCUCUGGAUAUUUUCCAAGAGCGACGACGAGGAGCAACAGAAACAGGCGGACAAGGAGGCCGAGGUGGCCACCGCCAGGGCUGCCGAUGCUGCUCUGAAUAAGGACGACUUGCAGGCCAGGCCAAUGCCCGCCCAAGUCACCAUUUGUCCCCCUGGCUGUGAAGCAACCUACUUUCCCGAAAAGAUCUCUGUUUUAAAGGCCAAGCUCAGGCGCGUUUUCAACAAUCACUACGGAGCUUUUGACGACGAUCUGCGUGCUGCUUUCAUCGAAGAGAGUCGCAACGUAUUCCGCUUGAAUAUUGAAGUAGUGCGGACAAUUAAGGGCGUAAAUCGUGCCAAUCUAAGGAAGCUGGCUCUGGCUGUGAUCUUCGUUUCUGGUAUUGUUUUGGCCGUAAAGUUCGCAUUGAAGUAAGACACUUUGGGAGGAAAUAGUGUUAGCUUCCUCUGUUAGGUUAGAAUUGUGAUCACACAUUUACUUAUUCGUUUGUUAUAACAGUAAAUACUCCGAUAUAAAGGUG